CGUCAGGCCUACUCUGACCUCCCCACGCGGCCGCAGCGGCCUUCUCCUUCCCCUCCUUACGCGCCGCGCCGCUCCCUCUCCUUGCUCCCCGCGCUCUGCUCCUCCGACUUCCUGCCACAUCCUCGUCGAUCCGCCCCCCAGCUCCCCGUGGGCUGCUCCACCGCCGUCGCUCUCCUCGGCGAUCUGCGCGCCCGCCGCGUCCUCGUCGAUCCGCUCGUCGCUGCGGCGAUGCGGGUGGGGCCGCAUCCUCUUCGGGCUCCCUCCCCAUCCAUCUCUCGAGGCUGCCGCCGCUAUCAAUCUGGAUGGGCUCGGAGAAAGGGACGACAGCGGCACCGACCUCAGCGACCUAGGCCAUCUCACAGGGAGGAACGGCAUAGCAAAGGCCGGUCUGGCAGGCGGUCGACAGCGCCGGCGUUGGCUGUAGGCGCGGGCGUGGCAGCGCUUGGACACCAACGGCAAGCACCAAUCGCUCCCGCGUUCUCACCAAGCACGACUGCACAAGCAGUGAAGCUUUGUGGAGCUGUGUCCUUAAACACUAUUGUUAGAAGGCUGACAUGUUCAAGUGGUCACGAUCAAGAGCUUGAGUUGCCAAGAUUGGACGGAAAGGCAAGGAUGGGCACCACAUGGCUGUCAUGGCUCUGUCUAGGUUGUAGAUGCUGAAAUAUUUCUUUUCUUAGGAGAUUGUUGUAUGUAUGGAAGUGUGUAAUGAAUAUCGUUUCUAACUGCUGAUGUGUGACUGUAAUACACAAAGAUAAUGUCUAUUAUUUGUGACAAAUUGAGGUGGUUGUGACACA